AUGUACUCUGCAGUGAUCAGACGAACCAUCAAGCCCUCCGGGCUGCAUAUCACCAAGCUCGCUCGCGCAAGCUACGCGGACAAAAUUCCCCAUACUCCUUCCUCGGGUGGAAGUGAAGACUUUGUGCACGCCUCUUUCCCCGAUGAUUUUGAAUCGUCGCCCUUGCGGCCCGAUCUCCAGGGCCCCAAGACGAAUGUGAAGGGGAGUAAGGAGGCGGCGCUGCAUGAAGCUUCGACUCAGGCGAAGCAGGGACAGGCGCAGUCUCCUGCAGCGCAGCGUGCGAAGAACGAAAAGGAUCCGACGUUGAAUGAGAAAGAGCCUGAGUUGGACGAGAUAGACUAUUCUUCCUCGGAUCCCCUAGACCCUGCCCUGCAGCUUGCCGUCAAAACCAAAUCCUUCCUCGGACAUCACACCGACGAUGAACCCCAUCGUCGAUCAAAUCCACGUCGCUUGGGAGCCGAGUUUGACCGUUACGCUGACCAUGGGGGCCAGGGCGUCCUGAAAUAUCUGAUCUGCCAGCUCUCCAUGUCGGAAGGAAGCCAGCCCUCCGUCCUUGGCUUGUGCGAGUCUCGGCGCGCCCAGCGCGGGAUUUCCAUCCUCGAAACCCCCUAA